UUCACGGAUCAAACAACAACAAUCACGGAUAAUUUCAUUCAGCUGAUCGAGAAAUUCAUUCGAGAAACGUCGUUUGCCGAUGAUGCUGAACGAUUCAAUGCAGUACGAGCGUGGAUUUGGUCGUCAAUAGUGUCAGCAUUCCCAUUUGGUGCUAUCUUCGGAAGUCUUAUGGCAGCAACUCUGUCUGAUAAGUACGGUCGUAAGACGACAAUAUUCUUCAAUAACAUACCUGCAGCGAUCGCAGGUGUUCUAAUGACAUUUGCAUAUCCUUUCAAAAUGUGGUACCUUCUACUGAUUGGUCGGUUCAUCAUUGGGGUGAAUGCAGGUAUCAGUUCGGGUGUAAUAACAACGAUUCUAACAGAAAUAUCACCAGACAAUUUGCGAGGAAUGUUAGGAAGUUGUAAUCAACUUUUCUUAACAGCCGCUAUUCUCUUUUCAAAUGUGCUGUCGUUCGAGACAAUAUUCGGUACUGAAGCACGUUGGCAAUAUAUAUUCGGUUUCACAUUUUUCCCUAUAAUCACUCAACUGAUUCUGCUACGAUUCUGUCCUGAAUCACCACGAUAUACACUGAUGUUUGAGCAUGACGAAGUACAAGCCGAGAAAGAUCUUAGAGUGUUGAGGGAACGAGUGAAUGUUCGUGAUGAAAUUGAUGCGAUGAAGAGAGAGGCGAUCGAGAGGGAGGUACAUUGA